UGGGCCCGCCUGCUGGUCUCCUCUUCCACCCCUACCGGAAGCCCAAGAGAAACAGGACAGCUUUCUCCCCGGCCCAACUUCUCCAUCUGGAGCAGGCGUUUGAGAAGAACCACUACGUGGUUGGGCAGGAGCGCAAGUCGCUGGCCUCCAAGCUACAGCUGACCGAGACACAG